AUGUUUGUGUUUGAGCUUAGCACUCCGCUCAAACUCUGGAAACCACACAAAACGGUAGAUAAAACGGCUCUGGGUCUACUGCACACGGGGCCGCUCGUGAGUGUGUGUCAGAGGGCCCUUUCGGCUACUCUCUGCCCAGACAAAGCUGUGGUGAGGGGCUCUCUCCAACAGGACAUGGCUGCUGGGGGGAGAGAGCAGGAGCACUCCAGAGCCCAGCGCCUGCAGGAGGAGGCUAUUGGAGCCAGCUCGUCCACUCCUCAGGCUGACCGAUGUGAGCACCAGCCCUGUCUGACCUUAUCUCAGUCUGUCUGCAGCCGUCAGUCAGCAGAUGCACAGGCAAAAACAAGCUUUUAG